UUAAGUGUCGUAUCUACUAUCGAUGUUUACGCUGUUCUUUCGCUAAAUAUCUGUUUAUAUAUGGUUACUGCCUAAGUUGUGCCUACGUGUGUACCUCAGUGCUUUUGUUUUGAAAGCUGUUGAUCAAACAGGAAGUGCAAUUACUGACAUUCCCUGCGUGCCUGACCCCACGGCUAACUAGCAAUCUGGGUUCCAUCCCUGCUUUGAUUUUGCUCUUUGGUCUCUAUCAUAAUAAUGGCAGUAGCGACAUUAAAGCUGCUAACCCCAUGGAGGGAGGGCAGUCGUCUCUGGUUAAUGGGUUUUGUUUGGUAAAGUUGGCCUUUGCGGGUAAACAACGCACAGUUGCUAACGUUAAACGUAGCGCGUCUGAUAGGAACGUUAGCUGAGAAUAAUGUACGUUUGGUUUUCCCGAGAGAAGAGCCAGCGGUGACCUGAGGCUUCGACCUGUACUCUGUGUGCCCUUUGGCUUGUCCAGGCAUUCGGAGAACUCAGCCCUGUGUCUAAACGGACAAAGUAUGCGAGCGAUAGGACAGAUAAAAACCACAGGCGGCCACAGAUGUUUUCCAACUUUCUGGGAAUAUCUUGGAAAGAGACGCAUUUCACAAUCCAGCCUUUAAAUCAAUAUAUCCAGGACACGUGACUUAUUACUUGACUGUGUGUGAUCACUGUAAUGCUUUCAGUUUGGGAGAAAACGCUGCACCCUAAAGAAAAUGAAUAAUGUGAGAGCAUUUCCACCCACAGAUCAAUAGAGUCCUGAUUAGUUCAGUUCCCUACAAUUACAUUCAUUCAUUUCAUCUGCACAGUCAACUGGAGUUACGUAAUUGUGGAUCCGGUCGUGUGUUAAUUGAGAGAUGUUUGGGCAAAUAUGAUUCCAUGUGUGACAGCAUCUGCUCUGUCUUAGACGGACUGGUGCCUGCUUGUCUUUGUACACAGAGUCACCCUUGUGGGCUUUACUUUUUUUUUUUUUACUGGAGACGCCACCACAGGAAGUUGAUGUUAUGGCAAGGAAGCACCUCCCCACUUGAGCAUGGAGCUGUAAAUGUAUCAGCCCCGGAAGGCUCAGUAUGAAGAAAUCAGGCCGGCCAGCGGUGAGUAAGUCGAGUGGAGAUCGAGGCAAGGCAGAAGCAGCAGCCGCUGUCGGCCCGGGGAAGCCUGCAGGCAAGAGCACCGCUGCUGCCCCUUUGUCCAAGGUGAAAAGCAAUGAUGAUCUUCUAGCAGCUAUGGCUGGAGGGAAUCCUGCAUCCAGUGCUGCUGUAAAGACAAAGAGGACUGCCUCCACUGGGACUAGUGCUAGCACCCUAGACAGCAAGCCAAAGACAUCAGCUACAUCCAAGCGUACAACCACCUCAACUUACAAGGAGCCUAAUUCAUCAAGAGACCGUCUCCGGACAUCCAGGACAUCAACGGCUAAGAAGCAGUUGGUAUCAGGUGCUGUGCCAGGAGAUGUAGCCUCAGGGAAGCGCUCUCGCGGCCAAGUCGCGGCAGAGUCUGACGGCCGCAUGAGUAAGUCUAAAUCAGACGGCCAGAUCAGUGAUAAAGUGGCUCUGGAGGCCAAAGUAAAAGACUUGCUGGGUUUAGCUAAGAGCAAAGAUGUGGAAAUCCUACAUCUGCGCAGUGAGCUGAGGGACAUGAGGGCACAGCUUGGCCUGGGAGGUGAUGUAACAGCUGCCGUGGAAGAAGCAGGCGAGGAGGAGAAACCCCAGGUUUCUGCCAUCACAGCGGCCGAUGUAGAGUCCACACUCAUCCUCUUACAAGAGCAGAACCAGGCCAUCAGAGUGGAGCUGAACCUGCUCAAGAGUGAGAACCGCAUGCUGAAAGAUCGCCUCAACGCCCUGGGCUUCUCCCUGGAGCAGAGGCUCGACGGCUCUGAUAAGCUGUUCAACUACAACUCCCUGAGUCCAGACCUGGCAACGUGCAGUGUGCAGAGCGAUGGUGGCGGCACCGGCACCUUGACGUCCUCGGUGGAGGGCUCUGCCCCUGGCUCUUUAGAAGACCUCCUCGCAGGACAACAUGGAGGCUCAGCAGACAACCUUGACAGUGAGUCUAGUGAGGUCUACCAGGCCGUUACCUCAAGUGAUGAUGCUCUGGAUGCUCCCUCUGGAGCCUCCUCUUCCUCCGAAUCAGAGUGUGCUCCCAGCAGGGAGCGCUCGCGGAGGGGCAGCAGUGGCAAUGCCAGUGAGGUGUCAGUGGCGUGUCUGACGGAGCGCAUCCACCAGAUGGAGGAGAACCAACACAGCACUGCUGAGGAACUUCAGGCCACGUUACAGGAGCUGGCUGACCUGCAGCAGAUCACCCAGGAGCUGAAUGGAGAGAACGAGCGGCUCGGCGAAGAAAAGGUGAUCCUCAUGGACUCUCUGUGUCAGCAGAGCGACAAGCUGGAGCUCUAUGGUCGCCAGAUCGAAUACCUGCGCUCGUUGCUGGAUGAGCAUCACAUCACGUACGUGCUGGAGGAGGACAUUAAGAGUGGCCGCUACAUGGAGCUGGAGCAGCGCUACGCAGACCUGGCGGACAAUGCCCGCUUCGAGAGAGAACAGCUGCUGGGCGUUCAGCAGCACCUGUCCAACACUUUGAAGAUGGCCGAGCAGGACAACGCCGAAGCCCAGGAGAUGAUCGGAGCGCUGAAGGAGAGGAACCACCAGAUGGAGCGCAUCAUGGAGUCCGAGAGGCAAGACCGGGCCGCCAUGGGCGCUACGCUGGACGAGUACAAAGCUGCGGUGAGCAACGACCAAGCGGAGCUGAGCCGCUGCCGAGCCCAGCUGGACCAGGAGAGGCAGCGGGUGGCGGAGCUGUACUCGCUUCACACCGCGGGGGACAAGAAUGACAUCUGCCAGCUGCUGGAAGGUGUGCGGCUGGGAAAAGAGGAGGCUGAGGCCAAGGCUGCGAAAAUGCAGGAGGAGCUGGAAGAGGCCCACAGUGAGCUCAACCAGCUGCAGGAGACGUUUAGGAAGCUGGACAGGGAAUACAGAGACUUCCAGCAGCAGGUGCAGCAGCAGAUGGCUGAGCAGGAGCGCGCACUGGAGAAACAGCGUGAGGAGCUGCAGGAGAAAGACACCGAGAUCGCAGACAUGAAAGAAACCAUCUUUGAGCUGGAGGAUGAGGUCGAGCAGCACCGAGCUCUGAAACUCCACGACAAUCUCAUCAUCACAGACCUCGAGAAUUCAGUGAAAAAGUUGCAAGACCAGAAGCACGACAUGGAGAGAGAGAUUAAAAUUCUUCACCGCAGACUGAGGGAGGAGUCGAUGGAGUGGCGUCAGUUCCAGGCUGAUCUGCAGACAGCCGUGGUCAUUGCUAACGACAUAAAGUCCGAGGCGCAGGAGGAGAUCGGCGACCUGCGCCGUCGACUGCAGGAAGCCCAGGAGAAGAGCGAGAAGCUGAGCAAGGAGCUGGAGGAGGUCAAGAGUCGCAAGCAGGAGGAGGAGAGAGGCAGAGUGUACAACUACAUGAACGCAGUGGAGAGAGACCUGGCGGCUCUCAGACAGGGGAUGGGUCUCAGCCGAAGGUCCUCCACCUCCUCAGAGCCCUCGCCUACCGUUAAGACACUCAUCAAGAGCUUCGACAGUGCCUCACAAGGGCCUCCUUCCAAUGGUGCCUCUGUGACUCCAACAGUCCCAACUACCCCACUACCCCGCACCCCCCUCAGCCCCAGCCCCAUGAAGACGCCUCCAGCAGCUGCCGUUUCCCCCAUUCAGAGACACUCCAUCAGUGGAUCCAUGUCAACAGCCAAGCCAAUGUCAUCGCUAAGUGAUAAGAGGCCCAGUUACACAGACAUCACUAUGCCACCUGAGCACCUUCUCAGGGGAACCUCGACCAGCCGGACUCCAUCUGUCAUCCAGAGGGUUUCCAAUAUGGACACAACUAAGGCAAUGUCAGUGUCCCGCAGGAGCAGUGAGGAAAUAAAGAGGGACAUGUCUAAUCCAGAUGGGGCCUCCUCAACUUCCCUGAUGGCUAUGAGUGCAGCCUCAUCCCCACUCUCCCUGUCGUCCUCUUCUCCCACUGCCUCAGUCACCCCCACAGCACGCAGUCGCUUAAGAGAAGAGAGAAAGGACCCGCUGUCAGCGUUGGCGCGAGAAUACGGUGGCUCCAAAAGAAAUGCCUUGCUAAAGUGGUGCCAGAAGAAGACUGAAGGCUACCAGAACAUUGACAUCACAAACUUCAGCAGCAGCUGGAACGACGGCUUGGCCUUCUGUGCUGUGCUUCACACCUACCUGCCUGCACACAUCCCCUACCAGGAGCUCACCAGCCAAGAUAAGAGGAGAAACUUCUCCCUAGCUUUCCAGGCUGCUGAGAGUGUGGGCAUCAAAUGCACUUUGGACAUAAAUGAGAUGGUGCACACGGAGCGGCCGGACUGGCAGAGUGUCAUGACUUAUGUCACAGCCAUCUACAAGUACUUUGAGACCUGACUCCACCGUCUGCCCCACCUCCAUCCUGCAGCACAAUCCAAGUGACACGGACCCUCCUGAGCGCCAUGAAACAUCUCAGACCCACAAUCAGCUGCUAUACCUCACUGUCCUCGUCCCUCCACACUACAGCACCACUUAGUCAUGCUGCGUGUCUGUGCUUAGCAGCACUACAGACAGACAGACAGACAGACAGACAGACAGACAGACAGACAGACAGACAGACAGACAGACAGACAGAACACAGAACACAGAACACAGAACACACACUGCUACUCCAUCCUCCCAGUGCAGCAGAAGAUGCGCCUCUGGUAGCGCUGUUCAAAGGGCUUAGCUGUACACCUGCUGAUACUCUAGUAAGCCAUGAGAAGUUACUAUUGGAAAAUCCAAUAACCAAGUGUGAAUGAUGCAUUGCUCUUUGCCUUUGUUUCAUAUCAAAAGGAGUAGCAUUGAAAACGAGGUCUCAGUGCCUUCUGUCUGGCUUUUCCUCCUGAAUAUUCCUCCAACCCUGAUCUGAUACUUGGAGGAGCAUCCUGGCAGGAUCUGACGUCUUAUAACUAGUCCACCAUUUUUUGUGUCCCUCCUGUGCUCCUGCAGAAUAACAAACCAAAAGUGAGGAAAAAAAGGAGGAAUUCCCUCACCCUUGCCUGAAAACUUCCCCUUUUAAAGGAUUUCCAACAGAUGCAGUUCUUUUUGGGCGAUACAGUAUGAUACAGAUGCCUCUCUUUCAAAGGACAAAGUGCCUAUUUGAGUGUUGAUGCAGGAAAUCCGGCUCAUGAGAAAAGACAGUGGACGCGUCUUUUCCACUGCAGCUUGUGACACUGAAGAGUAGAGUGGCCUCCCUUUUAUACGUCGGAGCCCUUCGACCAUUAGUUUCUGGCCGUCAGGACAGCGAGCAGCUACGUCAUCAGCAUCUGUUCAGAGUGGCUCAUUGUCAAGCACAGAAAUAUGCUAUGCUUGCCGAUAGAUGUUGUUCAGCAACACUAACUCAUUCCUAUGUGGGUUUAUCAAUAUGACGUUCAUGAGGGAGAACUAACAAUCGAAACAUUUGUGGAGUUCUGAACACUAAUGUUACAGAUGUAUGACGUAGGGGCGUUUCGCAGGCCUGCAUCCACAUCCAGUACUCAGCAUAACUUCAUGAUAACCAAUAUAUAAUCUUAGACAGUCACAUGUUUUAGUUUUCUGUAAACUCAGACAAACUCACAGGUGAAGACUCGCUGCGUCGGGUCCUCGUACAUGAUCACACAAAGGAAUAGUUCCUCUUGCUCUAAGCUAAGUUAACCUGCUUCUUUAUAUUCCCAUUUACAGUGCAAGUGGUAUGAAGCGUUCUUGACCUUCAAUCAAUCGAUCUGUCACAAUGCAAGAAUAAGCGAACGAGCAUAUUUCAUGUGACUGUUUCCUUAACAUCAGCACUGUUACAGAACCGUUUGUUUUGCACAGAACUGACAAAAUAUGCACAAGCGACUGAAGAAUUCAUUGUGCCAUUGACUUGUGUGUGUGCGCGUGUGUGUGUUUAUACUAAUGUUAUUGAGCAGGUAGCCUUUGAAAUUCCUAGCAUCACUCAUUACAGCACCAGAAGUCCAGACAGCAGCAUUACUUUACUGCUGUGUUAAUUGUGCCUCAAAAUGCCAAAUUCACUCUAUUUAUUUGCAUGGUUUUCAAUACCUGACAUGAGAUCAUUUAUUUGUAUGUGCAAAGUGUAUACAAAUUUACUACACAUGCAUAAGUAGCUGCACUGAGAUAAGCUUUUUUUUUAAAUUCUGUAUCUCAUUUCCUUUGCCUUAACAGUUCUGCAAGUGAAACUGCCAGUUGUAUCUCUCCACACCAGGCGCAUGGAAAUAGUUUCUAAAAGAAGCCCUUUCCUGUUUGUGUCUCUCAAGGAGCCCCAACAGCAGCACGAUGGUCAUAAACCUUCCUCGGGAAGCCCGUUGGAUUCCCCCAUGUGUCUGCUUAGGGUGUCUCCGACACACACACACUGUUCUAAUUAAGGUCAGAUGAAGCUGCCAGUUGGUAUCAAUAACAAGGUCAUGCUAUAGUGAUCCAAAGGCCCUUAACAUGUCCAGCUCUUGCUGAUGUGGAGUGAUUGAUGAACACUCAGUCCGGCCUGUUGGGGAGAAACCAGACGGCUGGCACAAGCUCUAAAACGCAUUCCUCCUCCACAUGAGGGACAUGUUACCUCGUCUGGAAGCUGGUGAGGAUGCUCCUUUUUUUAAAGAAAGGCAAAUGUGAACAUGUGCAUUCUAUCUUUAUUGGGUCCACUUCACGCUGCAUUUAGUUUUCUUUGUUUACUUGAAAAUGCUCUGAGAAUUCCACUGAACACGCCUUAUAGACUCUCCUUUUGUUUCCACGUUGCCUUGUUUUUUAUGCCGCUUCAUGCUGCAUAUUGCUUUUGGUGUGUAAAAUAUUUUUUUUCCCAGGAGAAAAUCCUUAUUCCACUACAUGCAGUGCUGAAAUGUUCCCUCGGCAAAUUUGAAUCAGUGUGAAUAAAUGAGCGUGUUUGUUUGUAAAGGGAUUAAGCUACAGUAUUAUGUGCACACUGAGCGCGAGCUGUUAAAAAUACUGACUGGUUUUAUGUUGCUUUUUUUCUGCCAGUAGCUAUAAAAGACCGUUGAAACAGCCAA